AUGAAGAAAGGUACGGGAAAAAAAAGCAGGAAGUCAGGGAAGGACGAAUUACGGGUGGAGCCCGAAGCAAAAAAGCAGGUGCUUUUCAUGCUUUCCUCCAGCCAUUCUGCUGAAACCAAGCAGCUUUUGAAAGAUCUCUUCCAGUUGUGCAAGCCCAGCGGAAUUUUCAGGGAGAACUACCACAACGAUGUAGAUUGUGAAGAUAAUGUGAAGAUACAAAUAAACCAGUAUAACCAUCGCAUCGCAGCAAUGAUUAGCAACCGGAUGGAAUGUGGACUCUACGUGGUUGCCAGCUCUAAUAAAAAGAGGCCUAUGGGCGUAGGCCUGGGUAGGAUUUACGAUGGUAAGCUGUUGGAUUGCUGUCAGCUGCGAGUUACGAAGUAUGUGCCCUUCGAUUUCUUCAGAGGUCCGAAUGACCUUGAAAUCUCGCACUACUCCUACCCACUCGUCUUGGCACAGGGCGCCCAUUUCGGUGAGGAGAAUGGCCCAAUGCGCACAGCACGUGAUAUAUUGCUGGACGUAUUCAGACCUCCUGCAACCGGUAGGGUGUCUCUGGAAAGCAUACAGCAGGUUAUCGUACUUACCAGUGUGGACGCAGGAGCAACCAGCACGGCAGACGUGCCCAAGCAGAUUCUAUUUCGGCGCUAUCAAAUAUUAUUCCACAAGUCAGAUGAUGAUCCAAAGAUUCCGAGAGUAGACAUGAAGGAGAUAGGUCCGCGAAUAGACUUCGAAUUGGUGGAUUGCAUGGAAGCUGACCCUGAAAUAUUCAAACACGCCACAGCCAUCGCGCGAAAGCCUAAGAAGUUUGUCUCUGGCGUGGACACUGAGACGUCGGCCACCGUCAAACGACGGAAGAAUGUAACUACCACACCGCUUGGCCACACCGAGGGGCGCGUCUACCUCGAUAGGCAAUCAUUAGAUAAACUCUACACGCCACACACUAAAACACUGAAAUCUAAAAGGCGUGGAUAA